CCUCCCUUCCAGGAGCAUAGGCAGCAGGAAGCGCCUCCAAGCCGAGUCAGGUGCUUCUGCUGCUCUUGCAUCCUGGUUUCUCUAGGCUCCCUGCUGCAUGGGCUUCAAGGAGAAGGAGGGACCUCUAGGGCUGGAUCCAUGAAAUGGCCACAGAUGACAAGGCAUCUCCAACACUGGACUCUAUGAGUGAUCUUCCUUACUCUCCUGGCAGUCCCUCUCACCUUACACACUUCAAGCCAUUGACUCCUGAUCAAGAUGAACCUCCAUUUAAAUCAGCCUAUAGUUCUUUUGUAAAUCUCUUUCGUUUCAGUAGAGAUGAUGGUCGACUUGCGUCAUCUGUGGUGGAGAGAGCAGAAGCUGGACAGGGUGAUCAGCAAGCACUGAAUGCAAAUUGGUCAAGUCCACAACAUAGUUUGAGGUCACGGUCCCUAAGGUCAUCACCUGUUGCUUACAAAAAGUCUCAGCCUUCUGGAGAGUUACAGAGAAGAUCUUCUGCAUCCUUAGAGAAUAGAAGAAAAGAACCUGCUCUUGGUGGGCAUGAUCCUCGGACGGCUGUUCAACUUAGGAGCCUCAGUACAGUCUUAAAACGCCUCAAGGAAAUCAUGGAAGGAAAAAGCCAGGUAUUUCUUGACAGUGACCUGAAGCAGUACUGGAUGCCAGACAGUCAGUGUAAGGAGUGCUACGACUGUAGUGAGAAAUUCACCACCUUUAGACGCAGGCAUCACUGCCGGUUAUGUGGACAGAUCUUCUGCAGUCGAUGCUGUAACCAGGAAAUCCCUGGAAAAUUCAUGGGUUACACAGGUGACCUCAGGGCUUGCACAUAUUGUCGCAAAAUAGCCUUAAGCUAUGCACACUCUACAGAUGGUAACUCCAUUGGGGAAGACUUGAGUGUUCUGUCUGAUUCUGCCAGCUCCGUGUCAGUGCUGGAUCCUGGAGAACCACGGACACCUGUUGGUAGCAGAAAAGCUAGCCGCAACAUCUUUCUGGAAGAAGACCUUGCUUGGCAAAGUUUGAUUCAUCCAGACUCUUCAUCCUCCACUUUGUCAACACGUCUUGGUUCAGUUCAAGAGGAAGCAGGAAAAUCACCUGCACGGAAUAGAUCAGCCAGCAUUACUAACCUGUCCUUGGAUAGAUCGGGGUCUCCCAUGGUGCCUUCAUAUGAGACAUCUGUCAGCCCACAAUCUAAUCGCACCUAUGCAAAGGAAGCCAAUGAAGAUGAGCGCAAGAUUCUCCUGGACUCAGUCCAGCUAAAGGACUUAUGGAAGAAAAUCUGCCAUCACAACAGUGGGAUGGAAUUCCAAGAUCAUCGGUAUUGGCUACGUACGCAUCCAAACUGCAUUGUGGGAAAGGAUCUGGUCAAUUGGCUCAUGAGGAAUGGCCACAUCACCACCAGAGCUCAAGCUAUUGCCAUAGGACAAGCGUUGGUAGAUGGCCGUUGGCUGGAUUGUGUCAGUCACCACGAUCAGAUCUUUAGAGAUGAAUAUGCACUCUACAGGCCACUGCAGGUCAAGAAAUGUAGCAAGAAAGCUGUGAAACCUUCAGUGAAAAGAAAGAGUACAGAAUUUUCUGAAACGCCUUCUCCAGACAGUGAUUCUGUCAAUUCUGUGGAAGGCCACUCUGAACCAUCAUGGUUUAAAGACAUCAAGUUUGAUGACAGUGACACAGAACAAAUUGCAGAAGAAGGAGAUGACAACUUGAAUAAUUCUGCCAGCCCUAGCAAGCGUACCUCAGUCAGCAGCUUCCAGUCUGCCAUGGACAGCGACUCAGCUGCUUCCAUCAGCCUGAACGUGGAGCUGGACAACGUGAACUUCCAUAUCAAGAAGCACUCCAAGUACCCUCAUGUACCCCCUCACCCUGCCGACCAGAAAGAGUACUUGAUUGCUGACAACGGAGGACAGCAAAUGAUCUCAAUAAGCGACGCUUUCAUCAAAGAGUCGCUAUUCAAUCGGAGAGUUGAAGAAAAAUCCAAAGAGCUAUUUUUCACCCCAUUGGGCUGGCACCACAGCAAUCUGGACCUGCUGAGAGAGGAAAAUGGGGAGAAACAAGCCAUGGAGAGGCUGCUCUCCGCUAAUCAUAGUCACAUGAUGGGACUGCUUCAGCAGCUGCUGUACACUGAAUCGUUGUCCCUCUCCUGGAGGGAUAUCAUUGUACCUGUGGUCUGCCAGGUGGUUCAGACUGUCCGACCUGAUGUCAAGAACAGAGAUGAUGACAUGGACAUACGGCAAUUUGUCCAUAUCAAAAAGAUUCCAGGUGGAAAAAAAUUUGACUCCGUUGUGGUGAAUGGCUUUGUAUGUACCAAGAACAUAGCACAUAAAAAGAUGAACUGCUGUAUUAAAAACCCCAAAAUUCUUCUGUUGAAGUGUUCCAUUGAAUACCUGUAUCGAGAAGAAACCAAGUUUACAUGCAUAGAUCCCAUUGUCCUGCAGGAAAGGGAGUUCUUGAAGAAUUAUGUACAGAGGAUUGUGGAUGUUAGGCCCACUUUAGUCCUGGUGGAAAAGACGGUGUCUCGUAUUGCCCAGGAUAUGCUAUUGGAGCACGGCAUUACUUUAGUCAUCAAUGUUAAGCCGCAUGUCUUGGAUAGGGUAAGUCGGAUGACUCAGGGAGAUGUACUGAUGUCAAUGGAUCAGUUGCUGACCAAACCACACCUGGGAACUUGCCACAAAUUUUACAUUCAAGUUUUUCAGUUGCCUAACAAUCAAACAAAAACACUGAUGUUUUUUGAAGGCUGCCCUCAGCACUUGGGUUGCACCGUCAAGCUGCGUGGUGCGAGUGAUUAUGAGUUGGCUCGAGUGAAAGAGAUUCUUAUUUUUAUGAUUUGUGUGGCUUACCAUUCUCAGCUGGAGAUCUCAUUCCUGAUGGAUGAGUUCGCCAUGCCCCCCAUGUUGGCCAAAAACAUUUCCUUUCACUCCCUGGUUGAAGGCCAGGGAGAAGAUAAUGGACAGCAAGACCAGUCAAACAGUACCACAGGAAAAGAUAUUGACGUGGCCUCUGACAAAAUGGCCAUAAUCUCUGAAUUAGCAUCUUUGGAUGAGAUGAGUUCCCUGGAAGAAAGAACAUUGACAGAAGAGGAUGACCAAGAUGCUAGUGAUAUACAAGACGUUGCUUCCCUAAAACGACAAGAGCUUCUCCCAGUGGAUUCUUCAUACAUACCCCCUUUCUUUCCUUCCACGUUAAUCCCAGAGUCAUUGCUACCCCUUGACCUGACUGACCAGCAGCUGGGAAUUUUGGACAAUGAGCAUAUGGAGAAUCUAGGGGGCAUAGAUGAAUUCCAGGAGCCCAAAGGUCAGACUAGGGAGUUUAGGGAUCCUCUGCAAGAUGACACUGGCUUGUAUGUGACAGAAGAGGUGACUUCCUCUGAAGAUCGCCUCAAAUCUUUUUCUCUAGCAUUUAAGCAAGAGCUGAAGGAUCUUAUUCUCUGCAUUUCCCCAGUCAUCACAUUCCGUGAGCCUUUUCUUUUGACAGAGAGGGGCAUGAGAUGUCCCACAAGGGAGUAUUUCCUGGAACAAGUUUACUUGUCUCCUCGGCUCAACAAGGAUUACAAAGAGAUCCACAGCAGAAGGAAGAAACAGUUGUUGAGGGACCUUGCUGGCUUGCAAGGAAUGAAUGGAAAUAUCCAGACCAAACCUGUCCAGAUCUUACCUUCCCAUGAACUUGUGAGCACCAGGAUUGCAGAGCAUUUGAAUAAUAGCCAAAGUCUGGCCAGAAUGGUGGCUGAUUUCCGGGCCAGGGGAGGAAGAAUUGUGCAGAAGGAUUCAGAUCCCUUUGCCCAGUCUAAAGAGACAACUGGGGUGAAGUUUGGAGUCAGGACUGGUGAUGAUGAAGAAAAAGAGUUUAUUAAGAGUGAAUCCCUAUGGGCUCAUAAAGUGGACUGUCUCAGCCCUGCAAAUCAUCAGAGGCUCUGUGUCUUGUUCAGCAGCUCUUCAGCCCAAUCCAGCAAUGCUCCAAGUGCCUGCGUUAGCCCAUGGAUGGUGGUAAUGGAGUUUUAUGGAAAGAAUGACCUUACCUUGGGCGUGUUUCUAGAAAGGUAUUGUUUCAGACCUUCUUACCAGUGCCCGAGUAUGUUCUGUGAAACACCUAUGGUACACCACAUCCGUCGUUUUGUUCAUGGCCAAGGCUGUGUGCAGAUUAUACUAAAGGAACUGGACUCUCCAGUACCUGGUUAUCAGCACACUAUUCUUACCUACUCCUGGUGCAGAAUAUGCAAGCAGGUAACACCAGUUGUUCCACUUUCAAAUGACUCAUGGUCGAUGUCUUUUGCCAAAUACCUUGAACUUCGUUUUUAUGGGCACCAGUACACCCGAAGGGCCAAUGCUGAGCCAUGUGGUCACUCCAUACAUCAUGACUACCACCAAUAUUUUUCCUAUAAUCAAAUGGUUGCCUCUUUCAGCUAUUCCCCUAUCCGAUUGCUGGAGGUGUGCGUCCCACAUCCCAAGAUCUAUAUAAAACGUCAGGUGCCACAAAAGGUUGCCAUGCUUCAAGACCUGAAGGACUUUUCUCAAAAGGUUUCUCAAGUAUACAUUGCUGUUGAUGAGCGCCUCACAUCUUUGAAAACAGACACCUUUAGUAAAACCAGAGAGGAGAAAAUGGAGGAUCUUUUUGCCCAAAAGGAGAUGGAGGAAGUCGAAUUUCGAAACUGGGUAGAGAAAAUCCAAGCAAGGAUGCUUUCUUCAUCACUUGACACUCCCCAGCAAUUGCACUCAGUUGCCGAGUCUCUCGUAGCCAAAAAGCAAAGUCUCUGUGAGAUGUUACAAGCUUGGAAUAACAGGUUACAGGAUCUUUUCCAGCAAGAGAAAGGGAGGAAACGUCCCUCAGUGCCACCUAGUCCUGGAAGAUUGAGGCAAGGUGAAGAGAGUAAGAUCAGCUCAAUGGAUGCAUCUCCUCGCAAUGUUUCUCCAGCACUACAAAAUGGAGAGAAAGAGGAUCGUUUCCUGACCACCUUGUCAAGUCAGAGCUCUACAAGUUCCUCUCUUCUCCAGCUUCCAACCCCCCCUGAAGGCAUGUCUGACCAGUUUACAGGGGGCACCUCUUUUGCCCACACACUCUCAGACCCAGACCCAACCAACACCUCAGAAGAUGUGUUUGAUGGACAUUUGCUGGGGUCUACAGACAGCCAGGUGAAAGAGAAAUCCACUAUGAAGACUAUUCUUGCAAAUCUGUUGCCUGGAAAUAGCUACAAUCCCAUCCCAUCCCCUUUUGAACCUGACAAGCAUUAUUUAAUGUAUGAGCAUGAACGUGUUCCUAUUGCAGUCUGUGAAAAGGAACCAAGCUCCAUCAUAGCCUUUGCUCUCAGUUGUAAAGAAUACAGAAAUGCCUUAGAUGAAUUAUCCAAAGUGUCUCCAAAGAGCAAUGCUGAAGAUGGACUUCAAACUAACAGCCUGGCUGAGAGCAGAGCAAAAAACAGCAGUCCUGUCCGGCUACCUGAAACAAAUGUGGGGCAGUCAAACCAAAUGGCAGAAGCAGAACAGUCAAAGAAACCAUAUGGAGUUUUGUCCUUCUUUCGUGGCACGGGAGGGAAAAGUCCUGACCUGUCUUCUCAGAAAAAGGAGACCUUACGUGGGGCAGACAGUGCCUACUACCAAGUUGGGCAGACGGGCAAAGAAGGGGCAGAAAACCAAGGAACAGAGACUCAAGAUGAGGCAGAUGGAGGUGAUGCACAAAAGAAACAGCUGGGAAAUCCACAUGUUGAACUCCAAUUUUCUGAUGCGAAUGCCAAGUUCUACUGCCGGAUUUACUAUGCAGGAGAGUUCCAUAAAAUGCGUGAAGUGAUACUUGGAAGCAGUGAAGAAGAUUUUAUCCGUUCUCUCUCUCACUCACUGCCUUGGCAGGCACGAGGAGGCAAAUCAGGAGCUGCAUUUUAUGUAACAGAAGAUGACCGUUUCAUCUUGAAGCAAAUGCCUCGCCUGGAAGUCCAGUCUUUUUUAGACUUUGCACCACACUACUUUACGUACAUUACUAAUGCAGUUCAGCAGAAGAAACCAACAGCUUUGGCCAAGAUUCUUGGUGUUUAUCGGAUCGGUUACAAGAACUCUCAGAACAACACAGAGAAGAAACUUGAUCUGUUGGUCAUGGAAAACCUUUUCUAUGGCAGAAAGAUGGCUCAGGUUUUUGACUUGAAAGGCUCCUUGCGGAAUAGAAAUGUAAAAACAGACACAGGGAAGGAGAGCUGUGAUGUAGUCCUUCUGGAUGAAAACCUCUUGAAGUUGGUGCGGGACAAUCCUUUGUACAUCCGUUCUCAUUCCAAGGCUGUGCUGAAGGCUUCCAUCCACAGCGAUUCCUAUUUCCUUUCCAGUCAUCUUAUCAUUGACUAUUCACUAUUGGUGGGCCGGGACGAUACAACUGAUGAACUCGUGGUUGGGAUUAUUGAUUACAUUCGUACAUUUACUUGGGACAAAAAACUUGAAAUGGUGGUGAAGUCUACAGGUAUCUUAGGAGGGCAAGGUAAAAUGCCAACUGUAGUAUCUCCUGAAUUGUACCGUACCAGGUUUUGUGAAGCAAUGGACAAAUAUUUUUUGAUGGUCCCGGACCACUGGACUGGGUUGGGUGUGAAUUGCUAAGGUAAAGCAGUUCUUAGGUGAUGGGCUGGAUUACUUCUUCAGUUUCAAAAAGAACACAAAAGGAGUGUUCUCCUUCCACUCAACCAUCUCCAUCUAAAUCUCUUCUGCACCUGUGAAAAUAUCUUCAGCCAUUGACUUCUCAAAUUAUCUGAAGUAGAACAUCUGCACUUCAAGUUGUCAUGUCAGAGGAUUUAAUGAAAAGAAGCUGGAGAAGAUAAUUCCUUCACAAUCAGAAGUGGACUGUACCUUCAGAAGGAUAGAAACAGCACCAUCAAAUACAUAAGCCUUGCACCAAGGCAAUAUCUUCCACAGGUUACUGUGAAUCAUACGGGACCACUGAAUCCUUGUGAUGUCCUGAACAGAAAAGGUCUUCUUGGUCUUGCACAUGGUAUAAACUGUUUUAAUAUGAAAUAACAUUGGCAACACACCAGCCUAGUGAUCUAUUGAGUGAGCUUUGCAAUCCUUAGAAGAAGCAGGUUCAUCAUGAGGAGCAAGUGAACCUGUUAAUCAUGCCACUGCUGUUCUAAGAAUGGAUUCUGUAAGCAUUCUGGUGUGAAAUUUGAUCUGUUAUGCACUGAUAUAUUUCCCUGAUUAGUAUUUGGUGAUUUUAGCCAUUUAGCAAUAUACAGCUUUGGCAUCUGGAGCCCUAGUUUCAGUGGUAUAAAAUUUACAUGUUGUCAGAUUUUUAUUUUUAUUUUUUUAAACUGAAGGUAGCUUUUCCAUGUUUACCCCAGCCUUGAUUUCACCAGUGGACCAAGAAAUACAGCCAUCCUAUUGCAGAUGUACCCACAAACCAGAUUUUAUCAAAAGGAAGAUUCUUGUGUAGCUACUAAAGGGUCUCAGCCUUGAUCAAAACCAUAUGUAUGUAUGUAUGCAUGCAUGCAUGUAGCUACACUGCCUCCCUCCUCCCCAUUUGCACCUUACAAGAGAAGUGAUGGGUGUUUCAAUUAGUAUUCUGCCUGCUCCCCAUGGAAUAACAACUAGCUGCCUUAAAGAAGUGUCCUGCAAUGGAGAUUGUCCUGGUUUCUUUUAAUUUCAGCACCAUUUUGAGGAAUGUAGCAUUCAAGUGUCUAUAAUGAAUUCCCUUUGGUUGUGUUAACAAAUUAAGAUGCUCAAACAAUAGUUCCUGUGCACUUUGCAACUUGGUUGCAGUUGUAGGUGCUCUGAAUCAAACUACAAUGUUGUGUUGGGCAUAAUAGACCAGCUAAGUGGAGAUUUGGGCAUCUUCACAACCUGAGAAAAAGCACUUUUAAAUAUAUAUAUAAUAUAUAUGGAUUGUAAAUAUGAAAUGUUUACUUUGUACAUAAUAAAGGCCAGUAAAAAAAGUGUGCUUCUAGAUAAGACAAGAGUAAGAUUGUCUUCAUUCCUUAAUGAUUAUUUUGAAUAUUGGUUCGUGUGUAGACACAAAAUAAUGUACUAUAAUUGAGAUUUGUUUUUCUGUAUGUUUAGUCUUCUCCCUGUUGCAGGGCAGCCCUAGAACUAUAUUGUGAACCAUUUUUCAUGGCUUGGGGGAAAGGCAAGAACCAUUUCAUUCAGACUGGAAAGUCUAUAGGAAGCAAUUAGCAACAAUCAGCACUCUUGUGCUGCUGUCUUCCUUUCUGCAGAAGUUUCCCAUUAUAAAUGGGACUUCUGUAACAUGUAACAUUGGUGAAGUUCUGUGCUUGAAAGCAAAGAAACAGCCUUAAACCAGAUGAAGCAUACUGUGGAAAUGAGAUAGUGAGAGCUUUACAUCCAUUCCAGAUUCAGUUUUGGUAAAGCAUGCAUGGACUAGUCAUAUUCAGGUACAUAUUGGCCCCUUUUUUCAUGGUUAUGUUCAAUUCUUAAUUUGCUUUUCACUCAUCAUAUUUUAGUUUCUUCAAGUCUGUAAAAGUUAUAUGAGAUAAACCAGAUAGCCAGUUUCAAUAAAUGGGUAACUGAGCUUUGGUCCAUUUAUAUGCCUUUUAUUUCGAUCUGCUAAUCCCCAGUUUACAUGUGUAUACAAAAUACAAUUAUUUAUAGAAGCCUAUGGUUUAAUGAGUUUUGCUGCAUAAAAUUAAAAGAACAAGCUACAAUAUGAAGUGGUUUCCCUAGGACUGCUUCUUAAAGCCUUUUCUUCUUUAACUGGCCUGAGAACAGGUUAUGCAGAAUGGGCAAGGGAAUAAAUUGCAGAUCUUUUUCAAAUGAUAAGCAGUCAGCCAGUGGAAAAGUUCAGAUCCCCACUUAUCUUUAUCUUGGAAGGAUAAGCCCUGUCUUAUUCAACUGUGUGCUUUUAUUAGCCAGAUGCUUACAGCUGAGUUUGUUCACAACAUCCAAAGGUACUGUAGAUAUCAUGUCAAUUUCAUUGGCUUUGCAAGUUCCAUAGUAUGUGUGGAGUAUCUUUUUCUAUGUUAUACAGAGCAUGGUAUGUUGGGGUGAUUGAAGUGUCAAUCCCUGCCUCUCUCAACUUGGUCCCCAGCAGUAGAUUUUAGCUUAAGCAGUAUGUUAACAGUAACAAAGCUAAAUAUAUAUCUUUUAGCAGCUUCAUUUGUUGUCCUGAAGAACCAAACAGCGGGUAAUGUUAUGGCAAGAGGGUAACAGCAGCCGCCUCUGAUUGAAAAGGCAGGGAUAUGGAAGCAGAAAUUCAUUUUAAAGUUGCAGAAGUCAUUGUCUUUUCCUGAAAUCCCAUUUCUCAUCACCAUAGCUACCACCCCUAAUGAUAAGGGGUUGGUAUUGCCAAAAUCUGGAGGGACACCACAUUGGUGAAGUACGGGUUGAAACCAUUCAUGAGC